AUGGCCGCCGUUCAACUUAGCUUCUCCAUCCGCACCUCUCCCAAUGUCAAGACCAUCCAUCUCCUCGGCUCGUGGGAUAACUACACCGGGCAGCUCCCGCUCUCUCAGGAUGCUUCCGCCAAACCGGGCUCGUGGAAGGGAACUUUCCGUUUCCAGGGGAAUUCUCUCCAGCUGGGACAGCGAUACUGGUACUACUACAUCAUGGACGGCUACCAUGUCUCCCAUGACCCAACUGCGGAAUACACUGUCGAGCCCACCACUGGCCGCAAGCUCAACAUCCUGGAUGUUCCCAGCGGAGCCCGCAGCAGCACGAACUCUUCUCACAAACAGUCACAUAGUGGGCCAAUCAAGGGCCGCGCUCUCUCGCCCUCCAAGAUCCUCUCCCCGAAGCCCUCCAAGCCUUACGCUUCCCGCCAAAUUCGGGAUCCCCACUACUCUCCUCCCGCUACCGUCAGCGAACUUGCCAGACGCUUUGCCAGUGUCGAUAUGUCCGAUUCCGAGUCGGAUCUCUCCUCCAGCCCGCCCUCCUCAACUGGCUCUUCGAUCUCUUCUCGCUCAGACAGCUCGUCGCCAUCUUCUCUCUCCUCCUUGAGUGACAACAGCUCCGUCUGCAGCUGUGAACGAUACGGAAUCACCCGCAAGGGAGAUCGCGUCAAGAUCGAUUGUGGAGGCAGCCGCUGCGGAAGCAAAUCCCCGGCCUCCGACUCCGAUAUCUGCUCCAGCGACUCGGAGGAAGAAUAUCGCGAAGCCCGCCCCAUUGCCCGCCGCCCCCACUACGUCUCCCAUAGAUGA